CAAAUUCAAAUGUCACUGUAUUUUCCAUUAUAUGAAUUUCCAAUUCCUCCUUACUUAGGUACAUAGUCAAUUUGAUUGAGCAAGCCAUGAAUUAUUAAUAAACCGCCCAGGAAAUUACAUAUUUGGUUCAUAAAUGGGCUCCAUUAUCACACGAUAUACACAAUCAGCAAGGUCAAACAAAUAAUGGGGAAGGAGAAAUCUAAGAAACGGCACCGGUCAGAUAGCUCGAGCUCCAGCAGUUCGGACUCCAGCCGGGAAAAGAAAAAACUGCGCAAGUUAAAAAAGAAAUUGAAAAAAGAACAGAGGAAGACCGAGAAGGCAUUGAGGAAGAAGCUUAGAGAGGAGAAGAGGAAACUAAAGAAGCAGAAACGUGAUAGUAGGAGCAAAAGUUGUGAUGCCUAUACAAGUGUUGCGUCGGCUGAUAUUCCUGUAGAGUUGAUGGAAAAAUCAAAAGCCAUGGCACCAAUGACCAAAGAGGAGUGGGAGAAGAGACAGAGUGUAGUCAGGAAGGUUCAUGAUGAAGAGACUGGCAGAUACAGGUUAAUUAAAGGCGACGGUGAGGUUUUAGAGGAGAUUGUGUCACGCGACCGACACCGGGAAAUCAACCGGCAGGCAACCAUGGCUGACGGGGACUUCUUUCAAUCACAGACUGUUGACAAACCAAAUAGAGGGUCGAAUAGAUAGUUAUUUUUUUUUAUGUAUCAAAAGUUGCUGAACGAGCAGGACUAAUGGCAACCAGAUUUCCUAAAACCCACAUCUAUCUGGCUAUAACAAUGUGAGGUUUCACAGUUCUUGUCAUAUGUAAAAUUUAGAAAUUUAUUCUUCCUGUUUACCAAGGUAAACAUUAACAAAAGCACCUUACAUAUUUGUACAUAUAAUAAUAUAUUUCUUCUUCUUUGUAUAGUUAGUGUGACACUACAUAAGUGUUUGUUAUAAUUUUAAUACAUUAUUAUCGGUGGAUAUUGUGGAUGGUCAAAAAUGUUUGAUCUUCGACAGAGAACCAGGUUGGUUUACAUUUUUACUAGUUUUGCUAAUAUAAUGUACCUAAGAAUAAAAAUAUUAGUUAUCAGUAACACGCCCAAACAUAAUUUUUUUAUGAACACAAGAAAAGCAGCAGAUUUAAUAGCAGCGAAAAUAGUUAUAAAGCAUUUUACUUGAGAUACUCAAAAUUACUGAAGUGUCUAAAAACCCUUGAAGUUUUAUCUAUUAGCUCUAGAUAGAUUUCUUAGAUUAUAUCUUCCUUAACCUAGUCUGUGACAAGUUAAGGUCGCUCGUUAGGGACUGGUAUCAUGAUUUAUUCAUGUUUGAAAUUUCGUAUGUACCUUAUUUUUUGUAACGAAGGCAUCUAUUUAUUACGUAAACACGUACGUAGUCGCGAACGUUAAUAUGUACGGUCUAUUCUACGUAUUUACGUACGGCCUUUACGUAUUUACGUACGGUUAAUAAUGUACGUGAAAAAUAAGUUGUUGCUGACAAUUUGUAUUUCGAUAGUUGGCUAGUGUGAAAACAAAUGUGAGUGUGCUACACGACCGAUUGGGCAAUAAAAGUGACGAAAUAUCUUAUUUUUUAUGCAUGCCCCUCUGUACAUAUUAUAUUUAAACAAAAAUGGAAGUUUUCUGCUAGAUUUUGUACAGGAUUGUAUAUCUAGUACAUUAUUGAUCCAAAAUACACAAUUAAACUUGUAUAAAACACUACUUCAACCAAGGCUGAGCGGCAUUCGUGAGUUACUUCUUUGUUGCUCUUGAACUAUUCAACUUGUUUCGAUCUUGCCGAAUGUGAUUUAGAAAAAUCCAGGUGGUUAAGAGAAAUGAUCUAAGUAUAAGUUUCCAUUGCAGUUUUCCAAGAUGUUAUAUUAUUACUUAGGACUUAUAAAUUUUUCUUUUGAGCUUAUAAAUUAAGAUAAGA